AUGUCAGCCAUAUCUCCAUCUCCAAAUUCCACUCCAUCCAUUCCGCCACCACCUUCAUCCUCUCCUCCGUCCUCUUCCCCUCCUCCAAUUCUCCAGUCACCGGUUUCUCAACCAACUCUUACAUCACCACCUCCUUCUCAGCCCAAUUCACCACCACCUUCUCAAUCACCUCCUCCUGUUGUAGUAGUACAACCUCCUAUGGCCGCCGCUCCACCACCUUCUACUACAGUUCCACCCCCGGUUUCCACUUCUACUCCGCCACCAACAACAUCUAGCCCACCUCCAAUUUUACCUCCUCCAUCGGUUGUACCUGUAUCUAGCUCACCACCACCACCUCCUCCGGCUAUACCACCCACUGCUUCACCGCCACCUCCAUCUACUAAUCCUCCGACAAGCUCACCACCUCCACCAUCCACCGAUCCUCCUGUGAGUUCUCCUCCACCGCCUGCAAGGCCACCUGAGAAUUCACCUCCACCGCCUUCUUCCACAGAGCUACCAAUAGCUUCACCGCCUCCACCAGCAUCAAGGCCACCUGAGAAUUCUCCUCCACCUCCAGUUGCUAAACCUCCGUCGCGUUCUCCGACACCUCCUGCCGCAUUACCUCCCAGUAAUUCGCCUCCUCCACCGGUCUCAACCACACCUAAGAACUCUCCUCCACCUCCUGUGCUGACCCCUCCUACUAGGACUGUAAGAUUGUCGCCGCCGCCGCCAGCUGCCAUUUCACCCCCAUUGCCUCCUUUUUCUACUCCUGGCACUCCUCCGAAUUUUAACACAUCUAGCAGUAAUGCGCCGGAUAGUUCAGGAUCAUCAGGCGGGGGAGGCAUUGGAACUGCAGGGACUGCUGCUAUUGGUGUAGUUAUUGGUCUUAUUUUGCUCGGUGUGAUUGGUGUAGCCAUCUGUUGUGUAUGGAAGCGAAAGAAAAAGGCUCCAAAAGGGGAUAUUUUACCAACUUCCAUCGGUUCUUCUCCAAAAUCAGACUCUGGCUUAUUAGAUGUUGGGAAAUCGACCCCUCGUGCUGGAAAUGGUUCUGGGAGUAAUUAUGUUUAUUCACCUUCCGAACCUGGAGGACUUGGAAACUCAAGAUCAUUGUUCAGUUAUGAGGAAUUAAUGGCUGCAACAGAUGGAUUUUCUUCCAGUAAUCUACUAGGGGAAGGCGGAUUUGGGUCUGUUUAUAAAGGGUGUUUGAUGGAUGGCAGAGAUGUUGCAGUGAAACAACUAAAGACUGGUGGAGGUCAAGGGGAGCGAGAAUUUAGAGCUGAAGUUGAGAUUAUAAGUCGCAUUCAUCAUCGGCAUCUAGUAUCACUCGUGGGGUAUUGCAUUUCCGAUAGUAGAAGGCUGCUCAUUUAUGAUUAUGUUCCGAACAACACUCUUUAUUACCACCUUCACGGGGAAGAUAGGCCGGUUUUGGACUGGACAAGGCGUGUUAAGAUUGCUGUUGGUGCUGCUCGUGGAUUAGCAUAUCUCCAUGAAGAUUGCCAUCCUCGAAUUAUCCACCGAGAUAUAAAGUCAUCAAACAUUCUGCUAGAUAACAAUUUUGAAGCUCGGGUUUCUGAUUUUGGACUUGCUAAAUUAUGUCAAGAUGCCAACACUCACAUCAGUACACGUGUUAUGGGAACAUUCGGAUACAUGGCUCCUGAAUAUGCUUCAAGUGGAAAACUGACGGACAAGUCUGAUGUCUUCUCUUUUGGAGUUGUUCUUCUUGAGCUAAUUACUGGACGCAAGCCUGUUGAUGCAUCUCAACCUCUGGGUGAGGAGAGCCUAGUUGAGUGGGGUCGUCCUCUGCUUAGUUAUGCUCUUGAGAAACAGCAGUUUGAUGAAUUGGUUGAUCCGAGACUUGAGAAGAACUAUGUUGAUACUGAAAUGUUUAGGCUAAUUGAAGUUGCUGCAGCUUGCGUACGUCAUUCAUCGGCAAAGAGACCACAGAUGGGACAGGUUGUGAGAGCUUUUGAUAGUCUGGCUGCUGCAGAUUUGACAAAUGGGAUGAGAGUUGGUGAAAGUCAGAUAUUUAACUCUGCACAACAAUCUGAAGAAAUAAGAUGGUUCCGACGGAUGGCAUUUGGUAAUCAAGAUAUCAGCACAGAUUUUUUCAGUCAAGCCAGUUAUAGGUGA